AUGGCGCAUUACCGCCGCUGUCUGGUCUGGAGAUGCCAACCGAGUUGCAGUGCUGUUGUGUUGACUGGAUGUUCUGUCGUUGCAGUCACUCUGUCUAACAUCACGCAGCUGGUCCUCAGCCACAACAAGCUCACAGCGGUGCCUGCUAACAUCUCCGAGCUAAAGAACCUGGAGGUUCUGAACAUGUUCAACAACCAGAUAGAAGAGCUGCCCACUCAGAUCAGCAGUCUUCAGAAGCUGAAACACCUCAACCUUGGAAUGAACCGUCUGAGCGGAUUGCCCAGAGGAUUUGGUUCAUUGCCAUCUCUGGAAGUGUUGGACUUGACCUACAACAACCUGGACCAGAACUCGCUGCCCGGAAACUUCUUCUACCUCACCACACUUCGCGCUCUCUAUCUGAGUGACAAUGACUUCGAGGCCCUGCCUGCCGACAUCGGGAAGCUGACCAAGCUGCAAAUAUUGAGUCUGAGAGAUAACGAUCUGAUCUCGUUGCCCAAGGAGAUCGGGGAGUUGGCUCAACUCAAGGAGCUUCACAUCCAGGGCAACCGACUGACCGUCCUGCCCCCUGAACUCGGUAAUCUGGAUCUGACUGGUCCUAAGCAGGUGUUUAAAGCAGAGAAUAAUCCCUGGGUCACUCCCAUCGCGGACCAGUUCCAGCUGGGCGUCUCCCAUGUGUUUGAAUAUGUGCGCUCCGAGACUUAUAAGUAUCUCUACGGCAGACACAUGCAGGCUAACCCCGAACCACCGAAGAAGAACAACGAUAAGAGUAAGAAAAUCAGCCGCAAACCGCUGGCCGCCAAGAACAAAUGAAGAGGAGACUGAGGAUGGAGAUGAAUGCAAGCUCAGCCUGUCAGACUCACUGCAUGUGCCUUCUUUUCUUCUCUCUUUUUUUAUUGUUUUUUUAUUGUU